GCGCUACUAAGGGGGAUGGUGACAAAAAACGGCGCGUUGAAAAACGACGUUUUUUUUGUACUUUGGUCUAGAAGAGACUGGUCUAGAACGUACUUUGGUCCAGAACGUGUAGUGGUCGGGAACGCCUAUAAGUUUUACGGUACAAUUUCACAUGCUAUUUUAGGUGGUCGGGAACGCCUAUAGCUGUACUUAAUGUCACAGUACGGUACAGCAUACUGCCUAAAAUGUCAAAAACACU